AUGUGGCGGCGAUGGCACCAUGUUGAGGAGACCAAUCUGCAGAUAAACCAAGUAAGAAGAAGAUCUAAACAUGGUGGUGAACAUGGCUGUCUCCUACGCAGGGGGACCUGCCCUGGCGCAGCCAAAUCCGCCGAAAAUUCACGAAGGAUGGUGGGCAUACAAGGAGGUGGUGCAGGGCAGCUUUGUUCCAGUGCCGUCGUUCUGGGGGCUGGUGAACUCGGCCUGGAACCUGUGCUCGGUGGGGAAGAGGCAGUCGCCCGUCAACAUCGAGACCAGCCACAUGAUCUUUGACCCCUUCCUCACACCCAUAAAGCUGAAUACAGGUGGACGGAAGGGAUCCCCCGGAGGCCCCCCAAGGACUCCAUUUGAGAGCCACGGCCCUGUGGCCUGA